CAAACAUACGUACGAGCUUCGAGGAAGCUAGACCACGAUUCGAGAGGCUCCCUGCGUCCUGGAACACCCGCACGGGGGUAGCUUGAGUUCAAAAGCGUGGGUAGUGCGGGGGUGAGAAUUGCUGGUCCGGAUGGGGGUAAAAAUGCAGUCUGUUCAUUGGUGGAGGAAAGCUCGCUUGCCUGGUGGAACCGCGCGGGAUCCGUGGUAGAGCUUGCCGGCUAGAGGAAGGGGCAAAGGGUGCUAUGGGUGCUACUGCUACGCUACGGGACAUCGAGUGUCAGUUGACUAGUUGAAUUCGUUGAGAUCGGUUUGGAUCGUCGGCUCGCGGUCGUUUGCGUCCAUCGACACUUAAUAUCGCGUUCCUGCUCCGAACGGAUCACCGUUCUGUUCAGUCUAUCGUCAGUCUACUCGAACAUUAAAUCUCAAAGAGAUUUUUUUUAUACAAAUACGAUCUUCGAGUUUCCCAAUCGGUACUUGUUUUAAAAAAUAAAAUCAGUUGACCAAGAAUCUACGACGUCUUGAGCAAGGCACUUGAAGGAGGAUCUCAUCCUUUCUAAGUUAAAACAUCGGCGAACUUUUCGAAUUCAUUACCUACGUAAGAAUGUAUCAUGGACAAGGCAUCGAUGUCGGAGCGAGUUACUUCAGAAACAAUCUUGAACAAAAUCAGCAGGUGGAACGUUCUAUUGUACCCUACCAAAUGUUCAAUCAAAUGUACUCCCGUUAUUCGAAUGCGAGCUCGCCAGGAACCUCGAGGAGCAGCAGGAACUCCCAAAGCAACUUUCAAUCUCCCAACGAAUUGGACUUCAACUCAGUGGUAAAAUCUCUAGUCGAGGCCGUGGAUAACGACUAUUUCAACAUUCCGCAUUUUGAUGGGAUUUCACAGAUGGAACAGCACAUGUCUUGCGGGAUUGCAGACUGCGAUGUUUGUACUCAUACCCAGUACUAUCGAACCUUCCAGUUCGGCCCCCAAGGUGAAUACCUCCGAGGCAUCUACCCCAACCUUCUGAACUCACCAAAUUCGCCUCUUAGACAACUACCCAUUCCCUGCGGAACACAUCCUAAUGUUGCACAGAUGUACUGUUAUACUUGUAGUAAGUGUUAUUGCGAUAAAUGCAAUGUCACUCACCAGACACACGUCACAGUGCCUUUUACAAUGGCCAUGAAAGAAGCAAAGGGCCGAGCGAGAGAAGCCUUAAAAAAAGUCAGAGAGAAACAUGUUGAAAUUGAACAAAAGAUAAACAGGGUACAGAGCGCGACUGAUAUGUUAGACCAGAAAUCUAAACAAGCCAACACGGACGUGAUCUUCGGCAUAAGGAGAAUCACCACGCUUUUGAAGACUAGAGAAAAAGAGCUGUUGACUCAAAUCGAAACUAUGAAACGUGAGAAAUUGGCUGCGUUGGAACAGAAGCAGGAAAGACUCAAAAGUGGAAUUCUUCGUCUUACCAUGAUCCGUAACAAACUCAGUGACACUCUACAGUCGUCUCCACACAGCAAUCCUUUGAACUUCGUAGCCAUGAAAGACGCAGCAAUGGCCGAGAUGAUGAAAAUUCGUCAAGAGUUCCAGCAUCUCUCUAAUCAAGGGAAGAACUGCUGUAUCUCUUUUAGAUGUUCGGAGGAAACUCUGCUGAGCGCUUUAGAAAACUUCGGCAGGGUGAUUCAAAAAGUUCCAGGUGCUAUAGGAGAUCGAAGGGCUUUAAGGGGCCGUGGCAAUUCUCAAGUGUUCAUCGGACGUCCACUCGCGAGCCCUCCAAUGCCGGCGGAACCACUAAGCACCUUCGAUAACACUUUUCCUGUGACUGUCCAUUUAAAUGGGAACUAUGACGUACCGUUAACAGCAUCAGUGAUAAUCGGUAACGACGGCGACCCCGAGAACAGAUUAUGCCGACCGUGGGGAAUCGCCUGUGACAAAUCUGGGUAUAUAAUCAUCGCAGAUAGGUCGAAUAAUCGUAUUCAAAUUUAUACACAAAAUGGAAGUUUCGUAAGAAGAUUUGGCGUCCAUGGUACAGGUCCAGGUCAGUUUGACAGACCAGCUGGAGUUGCAGUAGACGCCCGCCGACGUAUCAUCGUUGCUGACAAGGACAACCACCGUAUACAGAUAUUGACCAUGGAGGGAUUCUUUCUAAUGGCUUUCGGAGAAAAAGGCAACCGGUGCGGUCAGUUUAAUUACCCUUGGGACGUGGCGGUGAACAGUCAAUGCCAAAUAAUCGUGUCUGACACCAGGAACCACCGGGUGCAACUUUUCAGUGGCGAUGGCAUUUUUCUCCGAAAAUAUGGUUACGAGAAUCUUCCUAACAUGUGGAAACACUUUGACUCUCCACGCGGCGUGGCAUUUAAUAUAGAUGGUAACAUAAUCACGACGGACUUUAACAAUCAUAAAUUGCUUACAAUUGACUAUAAGUUCGCACACGCUCGAGUAUUCCCAUGCGAGUCUCCCAGUUCCGGGAAAUUGUUUCUGAGACCGCAGGGUAUAGCAAUAGACGGCAUUGGUAACGUCAUUGUUGCCGAUUCGAGGAACCAUAGGAUUCAAAUUUUCGACAGAAAGGGCAACCUGAAAUGUAGAUUCGGCAGUCUCGGAGCAGAGGCCAAUGAGAUGGACCGUCCGUCUGGAGUCGCGUUAUGUCCCGACGGUCGAAUCGCGGUAGUUGACUUCGGUAAUAAUCGAGUUCUCAUUUUUUAAGCGGUCGGUAUUCGGCAACGAUAAAACUAAAUGCAUCUCCGACCGCUACUCGCUACAGAUACGUAAAACGAUCUGAUUAAAUUUUAAAAUACCUCAUGAUUAAUUGCAAACAAAUGCAACAAAACCGAUAAUAUCUUACACGGCGAGAGCGCGACGAUUUUAAAGAAUGAACAUUCGCUCUAAUUAUCGUGAAUAGGAUAUUAACUGUUUACCUCGGAUUUUAAAAGUAAGCGCGAUGCGCUUAAACUAUUUGCAACGGCGACGCAUAUACGCGAGCAUUUUUCCGGCCACUAUUACCUGAGCUCAUAUAUGCGCGCAUUCACGUUGCGAGUUAGUAGUAUUCAUGAAUUUGGUAAUACGGGUACACUUGUGUGCAAAUAGUUUAAGGGUCAUGUGAUUAAGAGCGCUAGAUGCAAUAUUUUCCUACUGAUAUAUUAUAAAAUAAUAAAGAAAUCCGCAUAGGUUCCUUUCGAGUCUUCGGGUUUUUUCACUUUAAGUGCCAAGUACAAAACAAGAAAGCCGGAGGGAGAGAAAGAAAGAAACGGAGAUCUCGAUUUCAAAUCAUAUCGUGCGAACGUACCCGUCAGGCGGGAUAAAACUAUUUUAUAGUUAUACUCUCGGAAAUGCAUGGAUGUUGGUAAUGAUGACGUGAUAACGAAAAUUAAGACAAAAUCAUGACUGAUUUAUUCUAUUAUCUUUUUUGACUAUCUCGUAAGAUAGAGAUAAAAUUAUUCAAUAGCUGAUCUCGUCUCUUUAAAUGUAUAAUAGGCAGAAAAACAUUAUAGCUCUAUAUAAAAGGAAAUUCGUACAAAAUAAGUAGCUUACGAAGUAGAGAUAAAUAUUUAUGAAUAAAAUACAAAAAUAACAUUAACUAUUUUUUAACAGAAAUUCGAUUACCUUCUUUCAAACAAAUCGUUCCGUCGUCGAUUUUAUUUUAUUUUUACUCUCUCGUUUUUCUUACCGAGUUCAACCGUUUUAUAUCGAGCUAUUAUGGUUUAAGGCCUGUUAUACAUACAUAUAUUUAAUGAGACGAAAUGAAUAAUUACUAAAUAGUAAAAAAUGAAUAAGUAAU